UCUGCUUUAAGAGCCCAGCUGCUCCACAGGCUGGCUGUUCCAAUCGACAAUGAUCUCUCGUUUCAAGUAUGACAGCACUGACCUGCUCGCUCUCCAUUCAUCCGCAGGUGGGGGCAGCGGAAGGGAAAGGGAGGGAGGCAGAGGGAGGACACUGCAACCUACGUGAAUAAUUGAUAGUGCAAGGAACGGAGAGCAGCUGGGUUCCCUGUCUCCAUCCGCUCACCAGCUGGGAAUGAGAGAUCUUUGCUCAGGUCUCUGGCUCUUCUGUCAAAUUCUGUCUCUUCUGUGUCCCCUUCAUGAGUACAAACAAACCCAGCGUAAGGCUGACGCUUGGCAUAAGCUUGUAGCUGUUGCCUUUAUGUAAAAGGAAAAUGUAAUAGCUCUUGAUGUAAAAAGGAAACAUUACAUCAUCCUGUGGAAUGAAAUUGGGAAUCACAGGGAAAAAAAAGGUGUCCAGAAGAGCAGGUCUGAGGAGGGGGUGCGCUGCUUCAGUGAUGUUAUAGACUCUUCCACCCAAGGCUUUCCAUGUGCUCUUGCUCCUGCUGUCCCCAACAAGACUGUGGACUUGUUUGAGAUGAUUGAAAAAAUGCAGGGGAGUCGUCUGGACGAACAAAGAUGUUCCCUUCCAGCUCCUCUCAAGACAGAAGAGGAGUAUAUUCCUUACCCCAGCAUCCAUGAGGUGUUACAGAAAGGAUGGCCAUAUCCUCUCAUUAUCUUACCCCAGUUUGGGGGCUACUGGAUUGAAGGGACCAGCCACAACCUCUCCAGCUUGAGUCCAACUCUGUCUGAUGUGCCCUUUCCCUGGAGUGGUAAAGUGAAACUGGAGAGUGACCCUACAGCCAAGCUGUACCGCAAACAUUUUCUGGGGAAGGAGCACCAGAACUUCUACUCCAGUGACAUGUCCUUGGGCUACCUGGUACUUUCUGUGAAGUAUGAACAGAUCGAGAAACAGGAAAAUCUACGCCUGUUGCUGAGGACUCGAACUGGCACCAAACAUGACUUGAUCCCCAUUUCCUGUCUGAGUGAGUUUCCCAAUGCUGUCCAGAUGGCCAAGCUACUGUGUGAGGAUGUGAAUGUUGAACGCUUCUUUCCUGUCCUCUACCCCAAGGCUUCUCAGCUUAUUGUUGCAUUUGAUGAACAUGUCAUAAGCAAUAACUUCAAAUUUGGGGUCAUCUACCAGAAACCUGGACAGACGACCGAAGAAGAAGUCUUCAGUAACACAGAAGAGAGUCUGGGUUUCCUGGAGUUCCUGGAUUUUCUUGGUGACAAGAUUCAGCUGCGAGAUUUCCGUGGGUUCCGGGGAGGUUUGGAUGUCACUAGAGGUCAAACAGGCACUGAGUCCGUCUAUACAAAUUUCCGGGGCAAGGAGAUCAUGUUUCACGUGUCUACAAAACUGCCCUUCACAGAGGGAGAUUCCCAGCAGCUUCAGCGGAAGCGUCACAUUGGGAAUGACAUUGUAGCCAUCAUCUUCCAGGAUGAAAGCACACCUUUUGUCCCUGAUAUGAUUGCUUCCAAUUUCCUACAUGCUUACGUAGUAGUUCAGCUCACUCCUGGCACCACGGGGGACACUUUCUACAAGGUUUCUGUCACAGCCCGAGAUGAUGUCCCCUUCUUUGGACCCCCUCUGCCAAAUCCAGCCAUAUUUAGAAAGAGUGCAGAGUUUCGUGAAUUCCUCCUGGCCAAGCUCAUCAAUGCUGAGUACAGCUGCUAUCGAGCUGAGAAAUUUGCUAAAUUAGAGGAAAGAACCCGGAGUGCCCUCUUGGAAAGCCUUUUUGAGGAGCUGCAGCUCCGCAGCCGCAGUAUGAUGGGAUUGCCCAUAGGGGAGGAUGACAAGAUAGAGAAUGGCAGUGGGGGCUUCCUCGAGAACUUCAAGCGGGUGAUCAGAGGCCGCAGCCAGAGCCUGGAUACCAUGGGGAUAUCCAUGAGAAAGCAGCAGCCAGCCACCCUGCCCAGCCGCCCAACUACAGCUGGCCUUGCCCUCAGCCAGAGUGUCGCCGAGGGCCCUAAGGCCAUUGCUGCGUCUUUUGCCUUGCCUGGUAGGAGCCCAUCACGCACUCGAGCCAGCCGCUUCCACGGGCGACGGAGCAGUGCCAUUGGCAUUGAGAAUAUACAGGAGGAAAAGAGCAGAGACACUGUAGAGAGGAUACAGAAGGUGCUGGACAAUCCAGGAACUUUCUUUGACCUGAAGUCCGAUGGAUCAUCCAGUCCCAGCUCCCCAGAGUUCCCCAGCAGGAAGAACAAGCUGCUCAGGAGUCAGACUUCAGGAUACUGUGUGAUGCAGCCAUUCUCACGUUCUUCAUCCAGUGUAAGCAGUUGUUGUAGUGGUUUGAGGGAAAAUGAAACAUCCGAGGACGAGGAGAAUGACAGGGAGCUGAUGUGCUCUCUUGAGGGCCCUCCAAAACAGGAUUCAAUGAUUCAGAGUAUGUGGCUGGAUGACGGUGACUGCACACCCAGUACUUCCAGCUCACCAGGAAGCAGGUUGCUUCCUUCCAGCAGUGUUGCUGGCUCCACUGGAAAAGGAAAAGGCAGCAAAGCAGAUGCUCAGCACCAUAAUCCAGCCUCCAUUCUGUGCUGCGUGUGAGGUCACCGCUGGAGGACUGUCUGGGGGCACGCUGGGUGAGGAGCACAGGUAAUGGACAGGGAGAAACACCACCGGCCCGUGGCUCAGGGUGGAGGUAGGCCCAGAGCCACCUCUGGCCCCCCUGAAAGAGUGCAGCAAGUAUUGCACAGCUCCACAGUAAAUAGAGUUAAUCCUGUACCUUCUUCCCCAAGGGAUCUGCCAGGGCCAGCUGACUCUGGACUGUUCAAUCUACCCAAGCUCUGCCUUCCUCCGUUGCCUGCUCCCUCUCAGCAAACAGCAUUUCCCAUUGAGACAUCUCUCCCUGCCCUAAUCCGUGCUUAGUUUUAUUUUCUUCUUUCAUUGUUCAGUUUCCUUUGCUCAGAUGCCACCUAGCUUUAUCUGCUUUAUCAGAGAACAGUCUGCUUCCUAUGGUUUCAUUAUUUUGCUGAACCACUUUCUUUUUUUCUCAUUUUGUGACUUUGUGCCUGUCUUUACGCUUGCUUGUUUGCUUUCAGCCUAGCAUUGGUGGGGACCUGCUUCUCCAUGCCAGUUUCACAGCUUUUCCAGACAUGGGAAGUGGGACUGGAUCUCCUAAUGAGGUCUGUAAUAGAGCACAGGGGAACACAACUCCAAGCUUGUUCCCUACAGUUCGUAGUCCAGUGUUGCCUGCGUUGCUGAGAGUCUUUCUUUUGGCCCAAAGUCCCUUUCCUUGCCCAGUACCUUCUCUGGCUUGACAGCUAAACAGCAUGCUACCUUGAAAGUGAUAUGGAUUUGAGGCUCUCAGGAAUUACUUUGGUAUAUAGCUAAGUAGAAGAGGUAUCAUCUCUAUAGAAGAAAAUUUUUUUAGCUAUUCCUAAAUAGCUGUCACUUCUUAGUUUUUUCCAGUAAUGCUCAAUCUUUACCUGCCCUGCCACCUGGUGGCAUUCAGAGCAGGCAGAUAAACAGUUCACGAGGUGGUGACCAUCGGUGUCCCUAAAGGCUGACACUCACAGAAAGAAAAGAAAGGGAAACCAGAUAAAACAGCUGGAGGCUACCUAAAUGCACGCUACAUGAAAGCUAUGUACUGAGAAUGACAGUGUAUCUGCCAGCCAGUGUUUACUGGGAUAAUCAACAGUCUGCCCAGAGCUUGUAGUUACAAUCAGGUCUCUGUAACACAGGAGUAAGGUUGCCUAAACAAGAAGCAGAACUUCCUCAAAGCACUACUCCAAAACAGGCAACUUCUUCUCCCAGUAGGUACACAGUGAGCAUUGCAGCAGUACGCAUCCUCACUGAUACAGAUGCAAGGGCUGUGACCACUUACUAGUGGUUAUCACAGGUAAUAAGCAAAUCCCGAGUUUGGAUUUUCCUUAUCUCAGUAGUGUUUAAGUACUAUUUUAGUACCUAAGCCUUUGAGCAUUUAAUUUCCCCGGAUUUCAAGUAGGUCUAAGGGCCUUUAAGAUAAUUUGGGGACAAGGAUAUCAGUCUUUAAGAUCCAUCUCAUUUGCUCCAUCUGCUAAAUCAACAAUGCUUUGUCACGAAGGCUGUUUUUUUAAGUUAAGCUGGUUAGAAGGACAAAGUCUCCUGAGACCCUGGCUUUCACCAUUAUGUUAUUUCAAGAUGUUCCUUGCAUUUUUCCCACCGAGUUCAUUUACCUCCCAUUUUACCCAUUUCUGAGACAGCACUGCCCAUGGCAGUGGCCCCGGGUCACUGGGAUGAUCUGGCUUAAAGUGAUGUUUCAGUCAUUCCAUUUCUUAUCACAACCUUGGAAUCAGUUUGACAGCACAAACUGGAGACUAGCAAAGUUCAGGGGGAGAAUGGUAAAAAAUUUCUUUAGUGUGGCUUCAGGGGACUCAAAGAAACCUAUGGCAUGUAUAUGGUAUCUUCUCUGUAGCUCUAACUCCUAAAUGAAUGUAGCCUCUGAUACCUCACAAAGAUUUCCUUAAAUUCCGG